AUGGCUGAGUCUUCACUAACUGACAAGCUCUGCAAUGCCUCUGCGAGAGGAGACCUAGCCCGAGUACUGUUUUAUCUGCAAAAUGGAGCAAAUGUUAAUGGAUGCAAUACGUAUGGCAGGACUUCCCUGCAGGUGGUGAAACUGGGCAGCCCCGCUGUCGCCGAGGCUUUGCUUCAUGCGGGAGCCGACCCGAACGUGCGUGACCCCGCCCUAAGCCUCACCGUCACUCACGACGCCGCGCGAGACGGCUUUGCGGACAUGGUGCGCGUGCUGCUGGACCACGGGGCGGACGUGAAUCUCGAGGACGACGGCGGGAACCUGCCGCUGCACGUGGCCGCUCGAGAGGGGCACGACGAUGUAGUCGGGAUGUUGAUCGGACGGACUACAAACCCCGGCAGGCCCAACGCCCACGGACACACCCCCUACGACCUGGCCCGUAGCUACGGCAGGACGGCCGCGACGCAGCGCAUCGCUCAGUAUAUGGACUUUUAG